AUGGCUGCGCCCCCUCCGGCGCCCGUGCCGCGCGCGCCCUUUUACCUGCGGGGGCCGGCGCCCGGCCCGCAGUGCCCAUGGGGCAUGGAGGAGGGCGCGGCGGCUGGCGCGCGCAGCCGGGAGCCCCCGGGCCCCCCGCGGGCGGCCGUCCCCUGCUUCGCGGUCUCCGUGCACCCGGAUGACAUCCUGCCCGGCGCCCUGCGCCUCAUCCGCGAGCUGCGGCCGCAGUGGAAGCCCGAGCAAGUUCGGACCAAGCGCUUCACCGACGGCAUCACCAACAAGCUGGUGGCCUGCUACGUGGAGGAGGACAUGCGGGACUGCGUGCUGGUCCGGGUGUACGGGGAGCGGACGGAGCUGCUGGUGGACCGGGAGAGCGAGGUCAGGAACUUCCAGCUGCUGCGAGCCCACGGCUGCGCCCCCAAACUCUACUGCACCUUCCAGAACGGGCUGUGCUACGAGUACAUGCGGGGCGUGGCCCUGGGGCCUGAGCACAUCCGGGAGCCCCGGCUCUUCAGGCUAAUCGCCUUGGAAAUGGCAAAGAUCCACACCAUCCACACCAACGGCAGCCUGCCCAAGCCCACCCUCUGGCACAAGAUGCACACCUAUUUCACCCUUGUGAAGAACGAGGUCAACCCCAGCCUCUCCGCAGACGUCCCCACGCUGGAGGUGCUGGAGCGGGAGCUGGCCUGGCUGAAGGAGCACCUGUCCCAGCUGGGCUCCCCGGUGGUGUUUUGUCACAACGACCUGCUCUGCAAGAACAUCAUCUACGACAGCACCAAAGGUCACGUACGGUUCAUCGACUACGAAUACGCCGGCUACAACUACCAAGCCUUUGACAUUGGCAACCAUUUCAACGAGUUUGCAGGUGUGAAUGAAGUCGAUUACUGCCUCUACCCGGCGAGGGAGACCCAGCUGCAGUGGCUGCGCUACUACCUGCAGGCCCAGAAGGGCAUGUCCGUGACCGACAGCGAGGUGCAGCGGCUCUACGUGCAGGUCAACAAGUUUGCCCUGGCUUCUCACUUUUUCUGGGCGCUCUGGGCCCUCAUCCAGAACCAGUUCUCCACCAUCGACUUCGAUUUCCUCAGGUACGCAGUGAUCCGAUUCAACCAGUACUUCAAAGUGAAGCCUCAGGUGUCCGCCUUGGAGAUGCCAAAGUGA